AGUGCAUAUAAAGAAAGAGCAUGAAGAAAGGUGGUGGUGCAGGAGAUCUUAUAACCAGGUUUUAAGUGAAACUUCCCAACUAGCUUAUCGUGCAUUUAAAACAGAAGUGGUAGAGAUAUUGUAAUUAACUCAAUAAUACAUCCCUAAAAAAAAGAAAUUUAAUAUAUAAAUAGGUAUGGAGUUGCAAUAUUUCUACAUAAAGUUUGUCGAGAGUUUUUAUGUGUUGUUGGCGAACUUGUAUAUUCUUAAACUGCAAUCCAGGAAUCGCUUGUUGCUGGGGCUUCGAGUUGCACUUCUUCAGGCGGUUUUGGUUCGCAGUUGUAGAGACCGGUGCAAAGACAUCUAGUGUUAAUGCAAUGUCCAUGAAAUCAUUUAGUCACGAUCAAUGUAGGUUUUCGACCCUACAUACGGCAAAUUCAGCUCACAUAUUCCAUACAGCCGCCGUUGUGUGGAUAUAAACGCAUACAUUGAAGAAGUAUUAUAUUUAAUUCUGAAUUUAUGAGCGAGUUGUACCGAGUACGACAGUACGGUAUGUACAGUCCAUAUAAAAAUAUCAAAAAGGGAAUUGGAAGAAAAGGCGCCAUUUGCCAAUUGCCACAUACACAAGGUUCCGAGUCUUAAAUAAAGACUCGCGAAGUCGUAAACACAGGUAACUCAACACAUAUGUAGUCUACUCUCCAUUUGUGCAGUCGCGGUAGAAGAACAUUAGUAACAACAGUUGCAUCUGAGGAAGGCAAUGCAUAUAUCGUUAUAACAAUACUCGAGGUAUUUCAGAACCAUUAUACACUCAUUCAGAUCUUAUAAUUCGACCGGAUGGAGCAUUCCAAGAUGGAAGCUGAUGCAAACUCUGCUGAGAUAAGAGGGAACCUACAGACUCUUCAGGAGCUCAGUAUGCCAUCAAUAGCCUCAGUUUUGUUGCCUGCCGCGGGUCUCGGCGGUGCUUGCGGUUCGCUGGGAUACAUCCAUGCCAUUGUCACUAAACAACCGUCGUAUGCUCGACACGCUGCGUUUGUGGGUGCCAACACCGGGCUGAUUGGCGUCGUGUUUUUCGGGUUCCGAGCGUUCCUCAACCACAACCAGCCGGGUCAAGAAAUGUCGGCUACUAUCAUGUCCGGCAUGUUGGUAGGCAGCUUCGCCGCGCUCAAAGCUACAAAUCCUCGAGCUGGGCUAGCCAGUGUAGUAGUGGUGGGUGCCGCGGCAGGUGUUGGGCAGUUGGCGCACGAUGCACUGGAGCGUAUGGCUAUCAAGAAGCAUAUCAAGAAUCGGUUCCCAGAGCACUUCAAGAAGCCAGAGGUCAAGCCCGAUCAUGGACUACACACAGCCAACCGGCAUCCGUAUUUCUGGACCCCAAUCAUCCGCAACGGGGUCAACGACUACCGCGAACACCUGCACAAGGCCAUCAAAGGCCUGCUGGAAGAGCACGAGGGUCUGCGAGUGGUGUGGCAGGACUUGAAAGAUGCGGAUGAGCGCGAAAAGGAGACGGGGACAGGAGUUGGGACAGAGACAGGGGAGGCUUAGCUAGCGUGCAUGGGUGUAUGGUAAAGGUGGUUGUCUAAGCACGGAUGUGUGUAUCUGGGUCUGAGCAGGAUUAGUGUGAGCAAGUUCUGUGCAGGUUAGAUUUGCAUGCGGCGAUCAUGUGCUGUGCUUGCAUGGCGAGAUGAGUUGUAGAGUUAUCGAUGAUGUAGGCUUGUAAUGUGAGGAAGCACAUUCCAUGAUUUAGAAAUCCGGGCCUGAUCCAUUCGGGAUAUGCUUUUUCGACGAAGGUUAUCCGAUUGGUGUACACUUGACCGAUAUAUUUUGUUUAGACUAGUUUAAGUUUUCUGAGCGGGUAAAAACUCCAGAGUUGUAGACGAUAAUUCAAGGCUAGGUUUAAUUGAUGUGCGGAAUCACACGCCGGUAUGUUGCUAUCCACCGCAAGGAAGAUGGAUUCGUACAUGCUGUAUUGGCACUAUCGGGAUUCAGAUCCCGUAAACGCGCAUGUGGUAGUCGAUUCGCCUACCCAAGUGAGGAAAAAGGGAGUGAGGACAAAGUGGAAGUGGUAGUAACUACAGUUUAGUCUAAUUCCCAACUCACUAGAAACGAGACUGCGAUUCUCAUGGGAACGUAGAGUGGUGAGCGGUACAGUUCAAGGAGGUUGCAAUGAUUGGAUUAUAUCGCACCAUUUUAUGUAGCGGUCGGAGUAUGGGCUGGCUGGACCGAUGUCUGCGAGCAGGUGGGCGGGUCGUGUUAGAGAAAAUAACACCCUGAACAAACUGCUACUUAUUGUGAUAUCACCUGAACGCAUUUAGUUUACCCCCCCCCCCCCUCCCACAUAUUUUCUGUAAAGUUACUUUGGGUUUGCCGUUUGAGCAGUUGCAAUUGAAUAGACUGCUAUCUUUUCAAGCGACAGUUCUUAGUAUGGAGACCAAAGAGGAUUCGAUUUUUUUAAAAGCCGGAAGCAAUUUCGGACGGAAGUUGUAGGAAACCUCGAAGGUCACAUCUCUGGGAUGGGGUGGAGUCUGGAAGCCGAUGAUAGUUAUGAAAAAUGUACGCAUAGUGAGAGAUUUUUGCGAGCUAGCACACGACUAUAGAGUAACCUAGUUUGGUUCAGCAUGUGCCUUUUUUGAUAGGGUAAUGUCGAACGUCAGUAUGCUUGGAGUAAUUCAAAUUGAGCGACGGGUCUUCGGCGACCGUACCCUACAUCAUGCAGGUUAGUAUAGUCCAAGGUCUAAGGUGACAUUCAGCGAGCGACGAGAAUAUCAGUAAUUUGUACACAUAACCCAGAAGCGGAGAUAAUCCUAGACAUCUUCGGGGCAUUGUUCAACCGGGUGCACGAAUUGUAGGAUGGGCUCUAAUGUCAGAGUGUCUUCACCGCAUAAAAUAUACUUGCCA